AUGGCCUGCGGCCGGCGACCGGCUGUCGUGGAGAUUCCAUCUGUGUUUCCCCGCAGAGCCCGCGGGCCCCGCGCAUCCGACGCCCCAGGGUGGUCGGCUCAGAAGGUGAACGCGGCGUCGCGGAGGCCGACCCGGGCCCGGACUCCUGCCAUGUUUGUCAACCAGCAACUUCCGAGCGACCUCCGAGCAACUGAAAGGAAGGGCGGAGACCGCAGGCCAGGGGACACCCGCCUGCCCGCGCACGGUUGCGGCUUUCGCCUCCUCGCGUCCGCCUCGCCCCCGGCUCGCCGCCGCCACCUCGGCCGUAACCUCCCCGGAGCCUAUAGGAAUCUUUUGUGUGGCGUCACCGCCUUUCGUUUAAAUCCCGCUUCCUCCUCUCGCCCUUCCUCCCGCCCCCUCCGCCGAUCCCGGAUGCUUGCGCGAUGCGCUGCUCCUCCCCCGGGAAGCUGGGGGCCGUGGGAGGACGCCGCGCCCAGCCCCGACGCUGCGGCCCCGGGGCCGGUGGUCCCUGCAUCCGGAGAGGCUAGGAAGCGUGUGUGGUGGGGAAGGCCCGCCCUCGCUCCGCGCCCAGGCGCUGUGUAUACCCUGGGGACAACCGGGCGCAGCCGCUAGUGCCCUUACGUAAGCUCUCAGCGUGCCCCAGGACUCGAUGCUUCCUCCCUGCCAAGGGAGCGGAGCGGGUGUAAAAGGUGAUCUGUUUUGCUUGCUUGGGGAGGAUGCCACUCACUCUUCCCUGGAUCGCCCCACCGCCUCCGGAUUCCAAUCACCUCUGAAGAUUCGAUGACUUUUGCAAGCCCUCCUCCGCCCUUUGUUGUGUUCGACCCUCUCCUGUGGGUGGGUUUCCGUGAAACAGUGAAAAGGAGCUCUGGUCACGCUCCAAUCCCCACAGCUUGUGUGACUCGGAGAUAGACCCUCCCUGAGGUUGAGGUUAGUCUUCCCCCAACAGCCGUUUAGGAGUUGUGUGACCUUGGGCAAGUUUUCUCUCCCAAGUCAGGUAAUGUAGUCAGGUAGUGUAUGGUGACCUCGGCUCCAGCUGGCUAGAAUUCGAAUGUGCCUUGAUCAGCAGUUCGCCCUUUCCUGACUCCAUCUAUAUAAUGGAAUAAUAGCAACCAUUGUUAAGUAAAGAGCCUGUCUCUGGAGGUAAACACUGUUAUCUCUGGGUUACAAACUAGGAAGCUGGUGGCCCAGAUGGCUCCCCGCCCUGUAAACCGAGGACCUUGAGCUACUGUACUUUUUAUUUAUUAAUUUAACUGUGCAGACUGGCUUUGACCUUCCUAUGAUCCUCCUUCAGGGUCUCAAGUAGUUGGUGGUUGUAGGCCUGUGCCAUAGGGCCUUGUGGCCAGGUGGACUAAGUGACUCCCUAAGCUCUUGACCACAGCAGUGGCUAGAAGAGAAGGUCCCCUACCCCCACUGGCCACAGCCACUCCCUUUCUUUGUGCAGACCUUGUCUGCCAGAAACUCCUGGAACACCCGGGCCUCCUCCCAGCAAAGCACUCUCCUCUCAACAGCCCUGAAGUCUUGUGCUGGUGCCCAGCACAGCCUGUGUGUGCUCAGCCCAUGGACAUGUUUGUUCUUCUGUCUCUUCCUCG